AUGUUCGUAAUAAAGUAUCUCUGCAUUUUGUUCACAAUAUUUCGUUAUGCAACGGGAAGUGAUACGAACAGUGUUCUGUGGAAAGAAGGUUCUGAAGAUAUCCCAUACAGAUUGAGUAACACAACAGAGCCGGUAUCCUACGAACUGUGGCUUGAGACGAAGAUUCAUGAACGGAUACUUGAUUAUACGGGAAGAGUGAGGAUUCUUCUAAGAGCAUUAGAAAUAUCUGAUACAAUUGUGAUUAACUCGGAGAAUCUUCAAAUCACCAAAUACAGUCUCCUUGAUCAUAUCAGUAACCAAAUAAAAAUUACACACUACGAAGAAUACAAGAAACAGACAAUUUUGGCAUUUUUCCUGGAUGAAUCUCUGAGAGUUAGUCAAAAUUAUGUACUCGAUAUUGAGUUUACUGGACGUCUUCAGAGUGGUCCUCAAGGUUUUGGAUAUACGCGAAAUGUUGAUGAAAAUGGGAAUGCGUCGUACAUGGCCACUUCAUUCCUUCAUCUUACACAUGCCAGAAAAGCUUUCCCAUGCUAUGACGAACCUCGCUACCGGAAUUCUUUUAUCAUUCACAUUACGCAUCUUCCUGUAAUGAAGGCCGCGUCAAAUAUGCCCAUUGCAUCAAUAGUUAACAAUUCAGAUGGGACCGUAACGACAUCCUUUCAAGAAUCUGUCCCCAUGUCCGUAGGCUUAGUUGCAUUCACCGUUUGCAACUACGAAUCUCGGAAAGUCAUGAUCGAAGACAAGAACUUAGAGAUCAGCUUUCUCGUGGCAAAAAAUCAAUUAGAUGAAUUGGAUUUUGCUAUAGAUUACAUAGUUUACAUGAUGAAUAAACUUGAAGACUAUCUUGGAAUUGGAUACAAUCUUCCGAAGCUUGAAUCUACGAUUGUUAAUGAUUUUAUGCAUACUGGAUUGGAGUAUUGGGGCCUUAUGGUUUAUGAUUCCAAAUGUCUUCUCUACAAUGAGAGCCUUACGACAAUAAGUCAAAAGAUGGACAUCGUUAGAACAAUAUGCCAUUUGCUAACCCACAAUUACUUUGGAAAUUUAGUGGGUUAUUCCUGGUGGAACAGCGGAUGGAUGAUUGAAGGAUUUGCCUAUUACUACGAAUAUUCUUUCUCAAAUUCCUACAUCAGUGAAUUUCCAACCAGUGAAAUACUAGUUACGGAUUUAAUUCAGAGAUACUUAGUUGAAAAUUCAUAUGCUACGGCCGUAUCUCUCAGCCAUACAAGAAUACUCGAUAAGCCUGUUGCUAGACAUCCAGACCUUCUAAUGAGGGAUGACUUUCACAUUGAGGGAAGAUUACCCAAGGUCGUCGCAAUGCUGCUUGGUGCUCGGAGUCUAAUGGAAUCUGGCAUCGAGGGUAGAAAAGUUCAAAUUUUUUCAGAUAGUAGAGCUGCGAUUCUGUCUGUAACAGGAUAUGAAUCGCGUUCUUUUCUCGUGACUGAGUGCACAAGACGAGUGCUGCUAGCUGCCGCAAUUAUAAGAAUGUCUGAUCACAUGCUGGGAAAAACCACGUUCCAGAAAGGACUCCAAAAGUAUGUAAAGGACAUGGCAUUCAAAGUAGCCGAACCGAAAGAUUUAUACAGAAAUCUCCAAGAGGCCGUUGAUGAAGACCAUUCCCUACCGGAUGACAUCAAAGUAGCGGAUGCACUAAAAUCAUGGAUAGAUCAACCAGGAUACCCGCUUGUAACAGUCAUAAGGAAUUACGAAUCAAACGAGAUUGUUGUGAAUCAGCAGAGAUUUCUUUCAUCGCGUGAAGAAGUUGAUACCGAAGGGUUAUCGUGGUACAUUCCCUUAUCUAUAACCACUUCUAAGAAUCCUGAUAUGAAUGACACUAAACCUUCGGUCUGGCUUAAAGGAGGGACUAGGGAACUGGUUCUCAGGACUUCGGAAAAUCUAACAUGGACUUCAGAAGAUUGGGUCUUGUUCAAUAUCGACCAAACCGGAUACUACCGGGUGAACUAUGAUACACAAAACUGGAAAUUGUUAGCAGACGAAUUGCACAAAGGAUUCCCUUAUACCAUAGGAACGCUCAACAGAGCUCAGAUUAUCGAUGAUGCGUUCAAUCUUGCUUACUCGGAUGUCGUACAUUUCACCAUGGCUCUCGACAUUAUAAAGUACGUAAAAUAUGAAAAUGAAUAUUCAGUCUGGAUAACAGCCAAUCGUCACCUUCUGAAUAUGAAUCGUCGAUUGGAUGGACAUUCUUACGAGUUGUACUACGGAAGAUUUUUGCAACAUCUAACUGAGGAUCACUUUGCACAUCUGGAUGUAUUUGAAGAUUUCUACGGAAGGGAUUCUAUAGGUAACACCCUUCUACGUCCAAUUAUCGCAGAUCUUGCUUGUCGGUCGGGAUCAGGGAAAUGUUUGACUGCAACGAGAAUCAUGGUAACUGCAGAAGCUCUGACAGGACAUAUCCUUGUUCCUCAUGAAAAACCUUCAGUCUAUUAUUGUCAUGGUCUCAAGAAUGCCGAUGAGAAUACUUUUCAAUACUUCUGGAAUAAAAUGAAGACUGUAACGAAUGAGCAGGAGAAGAUACACAUAACAAGUUCAAUUGGUUGCUACCACAAUUUCGAGUCAGUCUAUUCUCUUCUUCUGGAAACGGCUGAUCCAGAACUUUCUCAUCUCUACUACACAAAUCUCGAUAGAUUCCAAAUUCUUAUCUAUUCUAUAAGAAAUGGACAUGUAAAGGUCAUACUGAAAUUCUUGCGUGAAAAUCACGAAGAUAUUGCCCAGACGUAUACAUACAACAACUUCCGGAUGGAACAAGCUCUAAAGGACAUGGCUGAGUGUCUUCAAGAGGAAGACAAGGAGGACUAUGUCGAUAUGCUGGAAGUGCUUUUAUCAGCUGGUCACAUCAGUCCGACUUUAUAUCGAAGAUGCAUAAAUGACAUGGAAUACAACCGAAUUUGGGUACAAGAAAACAAGCAAGAAAUCGAAAAUUGGAUUGGGGAAUACUUUCAGCCCAAAGUUCAGAGUUCAGGCAUGAUCAUUAUGAUAUCUAUCCCGGUUAUUCUUAUCACUCUUUGGCAAAUAAUUUUUCCAAUAUUCUAA